AUGAAACUCUCCAACAUCUUGCUACUCACCCAGCUGUCUGGCGCCUACGCUUACGAGCUGCGAAAUGCCGCCGUCAUCAACAUUCUCAAGACCGCCAUCUCCAAUGGUGUGGUUGAGGCUCGAAGCUCCGGCAUUGGUAAGGACCAGGCCUCCGCCGAAAUCGCCUCCUUCGUGCCCCUGCUGAUGGACGACAUUCUGCUGCCCAUCUUCGACGAGGCUGUUGACCACGUGCUCGGCGAGGCCUUCACCGCCGAGAACUUCCCCCCCUUCAUCUCCCACGUGGAGCAAGCUCUUGCAGAUUACGAAAAGUCGCCCGCUUUCUCGUCAGCCACCUCUCUGCUCUCGCUCGUCCGAACCCAUUACGACUACCACAAGGCUGUCCAACUCGCCUCGGCCUCCAUGGACGGUUAUUACAACCUGCUCAAGGGCGCCAUUCUGCCCAUCACUGGCGAGCCUGGCCCCUCCAAGGCCAUUGUCGAGGGUCUUUUUGCCGUCACCCGGCUCAUUUGCCAGCUGCAGCUCACUGACGGCUCCGUCUGCGACCCCUAUGCUUCCGAGCAGAUCCAGACCUCUGCUGCUGAGACCCCCGUAGAGUCCUCUUCCGAGGCCUCCGCCACUUCCGCAGCUGAGCCUGUCAGCACCGAGGCUGCUGCCGAGUCUUCCGCCGCUCCAGUCUCUUCCGGUGCCGCCCCCGUCUCUUCCGGUGCCGCCCCCGUCUCUUCCGGCGCUGCCCCCGUGUCGUCUGCUCCCGCUCCCGUCUCUUCCGGCGCUGCCCCCGUGUCGUCUGCUCCCGCCCCCAUCUCUUCUGGUGCCGCCCCCGUGUCGUCUGGCUCUGUUUCCGUCGCUGGCAACGCCACUUCGGUCGCCUUCACCAACUCCACCGCUCCCUACGUGACCUCCACCGUCACUCAGACCGCCACCAACUGUAUCAACGGCGACUGCAUCACUGCCACUAUCACCGUCACCACUUGCGUCCCCGAGAACGCCAAGUCGACCGUCAUCAAGACUGUCUGCCCCAAGUGCGAGGGCCGAACCGUCACCAUCACCGUCCCCUGUGAAGAUGAAGAGACCCCCGCCCCCAAGCCUGCUCCCGCGCCUGCCCCCAAGCCUGACGAGAAGCCCUCUCCCAAGCCUGCCCCCGCUCCCGCCCCCAAGCCCGAUGAGAAGCCCGCUCCCAAGUCCGAGAAGCCCGCUGCUUCCCCUGCUCCCAAGUCCGAGAAGCCUGCUGUUUCCCCUGCUCCCAAGGCUGCUUCCCCCUCCGCCAAGCCCGCUCCCGCCCCUGCUCCCAAGUCCGAGAAGCCCGCUGCUUCUCCCGCUCCCAAGGCCGCUGCUUCUCCCGCUCCCAAGGCCGCUCCUGCUCCUGCUGUUGCUCCCAAGCCUGCUCAGUCCAAGCCUGCCCAGGCUUCUCCUACCCCCGCUCAGGCCAACGGAGGCAACACUUGGGCCGUUUCCACUGCCGCUGGAAUCGCCGCCAUUGCUGCCCUUCUCGUGUAG